AAACUUGGUGAUCAUCACCACCCUCACCAUCUCACCCUCAUCUAUUCUAUUCCAUAUACACAUAAUACACAUAGACACGAGGACUGCAGAAUCUGUAACAAGCCAUUGUACAGAAGAAAUUGGGUUUAUUAUUGUUCCGACUCCAAAUGCACAUAUUUUGUCCAUGUAAACUGCGUUGCAUCAAAGAUGGAGCAUUCCAAGCACGUCGUUGACCCUUCUGCCUUGCAACAUUUUUCUUUUAACUUUCUGUGAAUAAUUUGAUUUCAUUAUUAUUAUUAUAUCUUUUGAUAACGCUCCAACCUUGGAUAUGUGGUUUCAGGGAUUGCGAAGUUGAGACUGAACAUAAGAUCACGCUUAAUUCGGGGAGAGCAACAUCAAAUAUUGAGCUAUCCAAGGAUUGCGAUGCAGAGAUUGAAGUUGAAAAUCGGAUCACCUUGCCAGCCGAUGAGUCUGUUGAUCUGAGAACUCUAUUUGUCAAUCACAUCAAAGUAGUGGGGAAGUGUAAAGAAGCAACAGAUAUUAGACAUUUUAGUCAUGAACACACUUUAUAUUUUUUCUAACAAACAAAUCGACCACGAGUCACACUCUGAGAGCAACUCACCCCUCCUGAAUGAGGUAGAGGAUGAAGAAAAAUGCAAUGCGUGUUCUCGAAGAAUCUCGGGCCCUUUUUACCAUUGUGUUCAAUGCAACUUUUUACUCCACGAGUAUUGUGCAGAGUUACCCAGUACGAUGCACCACCCAUGUCACCCACAGCACACACUUUGCUUGACCACAAAUUUUCAACCAUAUUUUUGUCGAUGUUGCAGCAUAUGGUGCAAUUUGUUUAAAUUCGGUUGCUCUGAAUGCGAGUUCUUCCUUGAUAUUGGGUGUGCAUCCCUACCGCGCACUAUCAGACAUGAAGCUCACAAUCACACCCUUGCUCUAAGGCCAACAGGAUUUGGUUGCAAUGCAUGUGAUGAUUGUGCUGGGUUUGGGUUUUUAUGUGAGACUUGCAACUUCAAUGUAUGUCAAAGGUGUGUUCUUAUGACACGUACGGUUAGGCACAGAUACGAUGAACAUCCAUUCAUCCUAACCUACUCUCCUGUCAAUUGAAAUGAGGAGUAUAUAUGUGAAAUCUGCGAGGAAGACAUAGACCCAAAAUAUUGGUUCUAUUAUUGUGGCGGUUGCGAUCAAUCUCUUCAUAUGAAUUGCAUCCGUCCUUUAGAUCGGUGUUCGAAUGUAAAAUAUGGGAUCACCUUUAACUUUAAAGGUCACCCGCAUCUUCUCACUUUAGCUCGAACACGCAAGGACAUUAACUCCCUAUGCGCCUACUGUGAGGUAGGUUUCGUAGAUUCUAGUACAGCCUGUGAAUGUGCGCAUUGUAAUUUUUGGAUUCACCUAUAUUGUAUACGUUAGCUUGC